AUGUCGUCCUCUCCCGUCCCCCUCCUCAAGGCUCCGGUCCCGGGCAAUCGCGGGAGCUCGAACAGCCCCCGGCCUCCCAAGCUCACAUUGGGAAUUCCGCCCUCUGCUACGAGUCGUCCUGUUGCCGGCAAUGGCGUUCCUAUUAUGUCGGAUGCACCCCAGCCUCAACGGCCCUCCGGCCGUCCUGCUCCUCCCCAGCUACGCCUCGCAACUCCGAUGGGCAGCACUCAAGAUGUUCCACCUCAGAGAAAUGUUCGGCCGAUGCCACCGCCAUUAGCGACUACGGGAUUGAACGAUGCGAAUGGCCACUCACGGUCGGGAAGCUCUACUCAUCUGGAUGGGAAAGGCAGUGGUCCUGCGUCCGCUUCGUCAUCGAAUUACUCAAAUCUGUCAUUCGCUAUGGGUGGACUUCGGCAACCACACGGGGGGACGCCCGAUCCGUCGUCGGCAAUCAGCUCUGUAUAUUCUGAUCGCGAAGGUGGUGUGCAAAUGGAACGAGACAACAGCGUCAACGGUUUGAUUCCAGACUUGGAUAAGCUAAGUUUGGAAAAGGGUAGAGCUUUAGACGUUGAGGAUCUUGAUGAUCAGGGUUGGCUAGCUGCUAGCGAGCAGAAGAAGAUUGUCGAGUUGGGUAGUCUCGGAGAAGGAGCCGGAGGAGCGGUUACGCGAUGCAAAUUGAAGGAGGGGAAAACUGUCUUUGCAUUAAAGAUCAUAACCACCGACCCAAAUCCAGACGUGAAGAAGCAAAUCAUUCGAGAACUCAACUUUAAUAAGGAUUGCGCCUCGGAGCACAUUUGCCGUUACUAUGGUGCGUUUAUGGACAAGUCGACUGGUACGAUAUCUAUCGCAAUGGAAUUCUGUGAAGGCGGCAGCUUGGACAGCAUAUAUAAGGAGGUCAAGAAGCUUGGUGGACGAACAGGAGAGAAGGUGCUUGGAAAAGUAGCGGAAGGAGUCCUGAAUGGACUCACUUAUCUCCAUGGCAGAAAGAUCAUACACCGAGAUAUCAAACCGUCAAAUAUCCUUCUCUGCCGAAACGGUCAGGUAAAACUCUGCGACUUCGGUGUCAGCGGUGAGUUUGGCACCAAGGGUGACGCGAACACGUUUAUCGGUACUUCUUAUUACAUGGCUCCUGAGAGGAUUACGGGACAAUCAUACACCAUCACGUCCGAUGUUUGGUCCCUAGGUGUCACGUUACUGGAAGUUGCGCAGCAUCGCUUCCCAUUCCCGGCCGAUGGGACUGAGAUGCAGCCCCGUGCUGGGUUGAUCGAUCUGUUGACAUAUAUCGUGCGGCAACCUAUUCCCAAGUUAAAGGACGAGCCUGAAAACGGAAUCAAAUGGUCGAGCAAUUUCAAGUACUUUAUUGAAUGCUGCAAUAGCCUUGAAAAAGAACCCCCGCGAAGAGCAACACCAUGGCGGAUGCUGGAACAUCCGUGGGUGCUGGAUAUGAAGAAUAAAAAAGUGAACAUGGCAAACUUCGUGAAGCAGUCCUUCGACUCGACAGUCCUCUGA